AAGCGGCUUUCAUUUGCAAAACAUUGGACGAAAUCGACAAUUGGGUGGCCCAAACCAUAUACAAAUAGUUACUUACAUCUCAAUAUAAGUGGUCUGUUGGUCACCACACCACACCUUUACACUUUCUAAAAUGCCAAGUUGACUCCAGGAAGAAUCUAGAAAUUGUUGGAUCUUAGGUUAUCAGCCUGCACCCACUUCCUAUCCUCCAAACCCAUUUUAGAAACUUCAUAUUUCAGAGUCAAGCAGACAAGCAGACGAGCCCAACAUUCUCAUUUGCCCUCUAAACAGAAACCGACAAAAGUGUGAAGAAAUAUAAGGCCAAAACCCCUAAUCCAAGAAAGUUCUUUCUAUUUUCAGUUACUCACAUAAAAAGUAGCCCUGCGUUCUGCUCACCAAAUAAAAACUGCUGGAUAAAGCCAUGCACGCCAAGAAACUCAUGCGCCACCCCCUCUUAUAACUCAUGACCAACACUCCCCACAACUACCUGUAGCAUGCACUUGACCACUACUCAUCGCCUUCAUUCCAACAUGAUCAACCCUAGCAGCAACUUCACCCCUCUUCCCUCUCAUGGCAUCGCCCGGAACUUCGUUUCCCGGCGACUCCUCUUGUUGCCUGAGAUCCAAGUGUUGGAGGUUCUUGUGGCUCUCAUUGUGUUUGUGGCUAUACACUCCCUAAGGCAAAGGAAGCGCCAUGGCCUGCCGGUUUGGCCUUUUCUUGGGAUGUUGCCUUCUCUUGUUGGGGGUCUCCGGACCAACAUGUAUGAAUGGAUUUCCGGCGUUCUUUGCCGUCAGAAUGGGACGUUUGUGUUUAAGGGUCCUUGGUUUAGCAGCCUCAACUGUGUGGUCACUUCGGAUCCUCGCAACAUAGAGCAUCUCCUCAAGGGUAAAUUCUCUAACUUCCCCAAAGGAGCCUACUUUAGAAACACGGUCAGAGACCUGCUCGGGGACGGCAUAUUUAGCGCCGACGAUGAGACCUGGCAGCGCCAGAGGAAGACGGCAAGCAUUGAGUUCCACUCGGCGAAGUUCCGAAAACUCACCAUUGAGUCGCUGCUGGUGCUGGUGCACUCCAGACUCCUCCCAGUGCUUGAAGAUUCGGUCAAAAACUCAGCCUCUAUCGACCUCCAAGACGUGCUCUUGAGGCUCACCUUCGACAAUGUCUGCAUGAUAGCAUUUGGCGUCGACCCCGGGUGUCUCCGCCUAGGCCUACCGGAAAUCCCAUUUGCUCGAGCAUUCGAGGACGCCACAGAAGCCACGGUUCUUCGCUUCGUUACACCCACAUGCAUAUGGAAGGCCAUGAGGCACCUCAACAUAGGCACGGAGAAGAACCUCAAGAUAUCGAUAAUGGGGGUCGAUAAAUUUGCAAAUGAAGUGAUCACAACAAGGAAGAAGGAGCUUUCGUUACAGUGUGACGACAAGAACCAGAGGUCCGAUCUGUUGACAAUCUUCAUGGGGUUGAAGGAUGAAAACGGACAGCCAUUUUCGGACAAGUUUUUGAGGGAUAUAUGCGUGAACUUCAUACUUGCCGGAAGAGACACUUCCUCGGUGGCGCUGAGUUGGUUUUUCUGGCUCCUUGAUCGGAAUCCGGCGGUGGAGGAGAGGAUCAUGGCGGAGAUAUGCAGGAUGGUGGGUGAAAGGAAAGGUGAAGAAGAGGGAGAUGGUUUGAUAUUCAAGGCUGAGGAGGUGAAGAAAAUGGAGUAUCUGCAAGCUGCUCUAUCAGAGGCACUCAGGUUGUAUCCAUCAGUGCCUGUGGAUCACAAAGAGGUGAUUGAAGACGAUGUAUUUCCAGAUGGGACUGUGUUAAAGAAAGGAACCAAAGUGGUGUAUGCCAUUUAUGCCAUGGGAAGAAUGGAGGGGAUAUGGGGAAAGGAUUGCAGGGAGUUCAAGCCCGAGAGGUGGCUCCGAGACGGCCGGUUCAUGAGCGAGUCAGCCUACAAGUUCACCGCCUUCAAUGGCGGCCCUCGGCUUUGCCUAGGGAAAGAUUUUGCUUACUAUCAGAUGAAAUUCGCUGCUGCGUCUAUAAUAUACCGUUACCAUGUCAAGGUGGUGGAAAAUCAUCCAGUUGAGCCGAAGCUUGCAUUGACAAUGUACAUGAAGCAUGGGUUGAAGGUGAAUCUGAUCCGGCGCCAUGAGUCUGAGCUCCAGAAGUACCUGAAAAUCAGAAACUAAGUGCUUAAGAAUAAUGUGUGUUGUUACAUUGGUUGCAUUUUAUCUUUUUUUCUUUUAUCUUUUUUUUUUCUUUUUCUUUUUUUCACUAUACCAUUUGCAAUGCACUAUUUAAAGCAAAAUAAUAGGAGGGGGGGGAAAGAUGAAGAGGGACUUACAUGAUUACAUUUGGGUAUGUUUUGUAAGCUGCAUUUUAAUAAUGGAUCUGAUGUUUGUUGUAUAA